AUGGCGUUCAACCUCGGCGAGCAUCACGACCCGGAGCUUGACAAGCAGUUGAAGAGCCUGGAUGCCUCGUCGAGAGUGCCCAGCGGAAGAGACACCAGGUGCCAUAAUUUGGUCGAGAACGCCAAGGGGGGAGAGUGGAAGGAGCGCUUCUUGUCCGAGCAGCUACCACGCAUGGAGGACAGCAUCACGGAAGAGCAGCCGCCGCAGAAGAAUGCCCCGCCCAUUUCCCCCGUCUCACCUCCGUGCCUCGCGCAUGACACAAGAGGGACCAAUAACACGUUCUUGAAAACUGCAACCGGAAGUGAGAUGAUUCAGAACCGGCUCAAACCGUAUGCCCAAAUGAUCGACGGCAGGCCGAGGUGCCCCUUCGCGACUCCGGAGUCCAUCAGGAAUGCUCUGCAGUUUGUGGCCAAGAAAGGCGACCUGUUGCAGGCGUCAUUUCCCAAAAGCGGCACCCACUGGGUCCAGUACAUCACCCAGUUGAUACUCAAUGGCGGGAAACCGCUAGAUACGUACGAGCAGUUCACUCAACGGGCCCCGUUCAUUGAAUACCACGUGAACGCUGCUAAACACGAGACCAGCGCCCCAGUGCGGACGUUCUGCACUCACCUGCCCUUGCGCUCGGAGAAGCUGAAUCCAGAGGCGAAAUAUGUCUACGUGGCUCGCAAUCCUUGGGAUGUCUGCGUGUCCCUCUACAAUCACAUGACUUCGCUCAGCUUCUACCAAUUCCAAGACGGCACGUUCGACGACUUUCUAGAGUCUUUCUUGACAGGCUCUCUUCCUUACGGCUGCUACUUCGAACACCUGGAGGCCGGUUACUUGCUCAAGGGCAAACCGAACGUUCUCUUUCUCACGUAUGAAGAAUUGAAGAGAGACAUACGAGACGCGCUACUUCGUUUGGCUAACUUUAUCGGCGAAGACUACGGAAGCCGGCUAAAAGAAUGUGGCACAGAAGGGCGCACACAGUUGGACGCUAUCGUACAAAUGAGCACCGCUGAAAGCAUGAGAAAAGUCAUGGCGUUCAACCUCGGCGGGCAUCCCGACCCGGAGAUUGACAAGCAAUUGAAGAGCCUGGGCGUCUCAUCGAGAGUGGCCAACGGAGGAGACGCCAAGCGCUAUAAUUUUGUCAGGAACGCCAAGACGGGAGAGUGGAAGGAGCGCUUCUCGCCCGAGCAGCUACGACGCAUGGAGGCCAGGAUCGCGGAAAAGACGACUUGUUCUAGCGUUAUUAUGGACCUUUGGAGCGACAUACGAGCAGAGGCGUUGAGUUUGUGUUGA